CUGCCUAGAUACUUUUCUCCUAUAAAUACCGACUCACGUCAAGUCGGUAGUUACCACUUGCUCCUUUCAGCAAUUCAAUACAGCUUUUCUGAAAACAACAGCAAGAAAAAGACAGACCACAAUGGCCAAAUUCACUAUCGCUGUGAUUCUUGUUUCUUUCGCUGCCGUUGCAAUGGCCAAUGGAUACAAUGGGAAACCCUACGAGCAGCCUGCCCCUUACGGAUCUUCUUAUGUCCCCGAGAAGAAACAUUACGAGACUCCAUCAUCAUACAACAUGAAGCCCAAGGCUUACGAAACUUCUUACGAGAGGAAACAUUACGAGACUCCAUCAUACUACAUGAAACCUAAAGAGUAUCGUCAAGCCCCAACUUACAACACGAAGGCAUACAAUCCACCUCAACCCUCGUACCAAAUGAAAGCCAAGGCAUACAACCCUCAACCAUCUUACGUGCAGUCUAAAGGAUACGACAACAAGUAUGAGAAACCCAAAUCUUACGGAAGCUACUCAGCUUAUUGAAAGUCAUAUCUAUAACCGCCAGCCAUAAAGCCGCACCGUUUUAAAAAACUCUUCUCUCUUCAACAAUCCGUCGAAUUUCUCUGAUCAAGUGCAUUAUUAUAUUUUUCUUUAACUUUGACUAUCAUGGCGCAAUUAUCGUUGGAUUAUUUCAAGGAAAUGAAUAAAUUGCAUAGUAAACCCCA